AUGCUGCGUUUGAAUCCGGGGAAAACCAAAGCAAUGAUUCUCGGUUCUGCCAGGUACGUAAACUCACUCGACUUGAGUACAAUUCCACCUAUCAGAGUGAGCGAUUCUGUCGUUGAAUUUGUUACCUCGGCUAGGAAUUUAGGGAUUUACAUCACGCCAACUCUCAGCUGGCGCGAAACGGUUACUGCAACGUGCAAUAAGAUUUACCGCACACUCUAUCAGCUGAGAACUAAUAGUGGUUGCCUCCCGCUUUGCUUGAGGAAGACACUGAUCAACUCGCUGAUCUAUCCUCAGCUUGAUUACUGUUCGGUGGUCAUGUCCGAUAUAACUGGGGUGGAAAAUACGAGACUCCAGCGAGCUUUAAACGCCUGUGUGCGUUUCGUUUUUGGCGUGAGGAGGGAUGAGCAUAUCACUCCAUAUUUCAGAAGAGCUGGGUGA